UGGCAACACCAAAUGGUGAGUAGUUUUGUCAUAUGUCAUAUGUUGUGUUGUGUACGGAAAUUUGAUUCAUCCUCCUUCAGUUUAAUCAGUUUUUGAGUGUUAAACACCCAAAAUUGAAUCAUGCUUUUGUGGUAGAUAUAACCAGGUAUCGCACAGUGAAAGAGUGAUGCAGGAAUCAGUGAUAAAUAGACUGUGCUAAAGAAGAAAAGCGAGUCAGUUCAUUGACCCAGUCACUGACAGCUUGAGCACCGCCAUGAUGUUUUUUUGACUCAAUUGCCUACAAUUUCCCAUAACGUUGAGUUUUUUCCGCGAUUGUGCGGUGUUUUCCGCUUGAAAAGUGGACAGAACAGUGCGUUGAGAGGAACUGUGUGAGUUGAAGGUGACAUAAGUGUGUUAUUUCAUCGAUUUUGCUAAAAAAUUUCACAGGAUUAUCGCAAUGGAUACAAAAGAUUUGGGUCUCGAUCCUACGCUUAUGGGGCAUAUGGGUCCCAUAUCGCCGCCUGACUUGAAGCCAGAUACAGCACUUCUCAAUGGGAACUGUGGGGGAUCAUUCUCACCUGGCGGAGGUGGUGGCAGUACCACUGGCAAUGGUGGUACUCCAGGUAGUCCGAGCUCGUAUGCUGGUCAAAUUUCCAUGCAGACAUCCACACCACCAAACCAGCUCAAUAGUCAAAAUGCUCCCAAUCGAUCACCCUAUCCGCCCAAUCAUCCGCUCAGUGGAUCCAAGCAUCUGUGCUCAAUCUGUGGCGAUAGAGCCAGUGGAAAACACUACGGAGUAUACAGUUGCGAAGGCUGCAAGGGUUUCUUCAAGAGGACUGUUAGAAAGGAUCUGACUUAUGCUUGUCGUGAGGAUAAAAACUGCAUCAUUGACAAACGGCAGAGAAAUCGAUGUCAGUAUUGCCGAUAUCAGAAAUGUCUAGCUUGUGGAAUGAAGAGGGAAGCUGUUCAGGAAGAGAGACAGCGAGGAGCCAAGUUACCAACAAAGCAAGACGAUCUGAAUCCUACAAGUUCAGUUCGCGAUCUGACGAUCGAGAGGAUCCUCGAGGCUGAGCAGAAGAGUGAAGCGUGUGGUGAUAAUGCAAUUCCGUACUUGAGGGUGGGACCAAAUUCAAUGGUUCCGCCAGAAUAUAAGGGAGCUGUGUCGCAUUUAUGCCAAAUGGCAAAUAAGCAGCUUUAUCAGUUGAUUGAAUAUGCUAGGCGGAUGCCUCAUUUUGCACAACUGCAACGUGAGGAUCAAGUGACACUCUUAAGAGCUGGCUGGAAUGAAUUGAUAAUUGCUUCAGUGGCUUGGAGGAGUAUAGAGUAUCUCGACACAGAACGUACAAAUCCCGAUGGUACAAUCGAUCGACGAUCAAUUGUGCGACAGCCUCAGUUAAUGUGCUUGGGCCCCAAUUUCACAUUGCACAGAAAUAGUGCCCAGCAAGCUGGUGUUGCGCCCAUCUUCGAUCGCAUCCUGUCUGAAUUGAGUGUGAAAAUGAAGCGACUGAAUAUGGAUCGAGCUGAAUUGGGAUGUCUUAAGGCGAUAAUACUGUUUAAUCCAGCCACAAUUCCAGAUAUUCGUGGACUGAAAUGCCGACAGGAUGUGGAUGUUCUGCGUGAGAAAGUGUACGCAUGUCUCGAUGAACACUGUCGCACUGAACAUCCAGGUGAUGAUGGACGCUUUGCGCAGCUUCUCCUGCGACUUCCAGCUCUCCGAUCUAUCAGCCUCAAGUGUCUCGAUCAUCUUUUCUUCUUUCGUUUGAUUGGGGAUAAGCAAUUGGAGACAUUUGUUAGUGAAAUGCUGGAUACACCGCUACCACUUUAAGUAUCCAGAACUUUCACACAUCUUCAUCCGUCAAAUUCCUAAGAGAGGAAGGCUGGACAGCAAAUUAUAAAAGAAAAAAAAAACAGGGAGAAUAGACAAAUGUCUCAAAUGGUGCGCAAGUUCAUUAAUUAUUCAUUUUAACAACAUUAAUUGAUAAUGUGUUAGGAUUCAUGCGAUUGAGAAUAAUUUCUCAUGAAAUUUUCCAUCAAGAAAAAUAUCCAAAGAAUUUCUUAAUGAGGGACUUUACUCCUCGGGAGACAUUCAAGCAAUUGGUGACUUUUGUGGAGCUUUUAUCAUUUAACAAUGCCUCAAAAAACUCUCAAGAGGAUUGAAGUUCAAAAUCAAAUACUUCGUUCAAAUUCUAAUUUAUGUUUUUUUCUGACAAAAAAGGACAAUUUUAAUAGAAAAAGGCAGUGAGUGUUUAUUUGAAAUGAUUGUAUGCUUGAAUUUGAUAAAAAGCAAACUAAAGAUUCUUCUUGAUCGAGAUUGAGCUAAAAUGUUCUCCUAAUCUUCAAAGGAUAAUAAUAAUAAUGGUGACACAACGUGUCAUAGAGGAACUUAGACCUUUCCGCAAGGGGAGUUCGGGACUUCCAUUUUUAUAAUUUUUUUUAUGAAAUCAAGUGCAGUGAAGCUCUCUGGAUGCAAUUCGAACACCUUUAACGCCAGAAAAAUUCCUGGUGUCCUAAAGAGGAUGCAAACUCGGGACACUUGCAUCUUAGAACGAGUGCUCUAUGAUGCACGUAAAAAUAGCGUUCUAUAAAUUCCAGCUCUUUCUCAAAGAAUGUUCUUGAAAAUAAAACCUAUGGCAAAGCGUCCCGGCUUUGCAGAAUGCUGGAACUCACGAAUUGGAGAUUCCCCUAGACUUAUGGUGAGGUCACCGCAAACCCGAAGUCGAUAUCUCUUACCGUUUGGCCUCUAGCUAUAUCAAAAAAUUGUAUAUACAACAUUGAGAAAAAAAGAGGCUGCGAUUAACUUUUUUUCGUCAUAACUACCAUUUUUGGGUGUAAAAGUAUAUCAACAUUUUUUAAUGUUAAUUUUACACUUUCUAAGGGUAAAAUCAACAUGGAAGAAAGGUAACUUUAACCCAUAAUACACCUAAAAAGGGUUAAAUUAACAUUUCCGGAAUGUUAUUUUAACUUUUUCGGAUUUCUCUCAGUGAAAGAAUAACUAAAAAAAUUGAACAAUAUGAGUCAUUUACAGGUGCUUUAGUGAUUCAUUGCCGAUUGAGUCCGGAUUGGAAAUAUCAAGACCUUUCUAAAAAAUCCAAAUUUAACCCUUUAAGGACGAUUGGGUCACCCGUGACCCAUAGAGAAAAUAGUUUUUCCUGACUACCUAAAGCUAUUCGUUUCUAAUGUUUGUGCCUAAUCGCAAAGAACAACGUGAUAGGAAUCUAGGAUAUUUUUUGCAAAUCUCCAAUUAUUUGGUAUAUAGUAAAUAUUAAAGUUCAAAAGUGACGAAAUUUCAAAUUACCGCACUGAUGAAUGAUUUUUUUUAAAUUACUUUUUGAUAUUUAAAAUUUUCUUAAAGCAAAAGCGUCUUGGCACUAGAAAAUACAAUAAUCAUAAAUAAUAUUUUUCAUUAGAACGAAAAUUAUCAUUCAUUGGUAUUGUCAGAAAAUUGAUUUGAAUUUUUGGUCUAUUUUUGUCCUUAUCGUCCAUGGAGGCAGAAAAUACACCAAUUCAGACUCUGUUGGACUUAGAAGGUUAGAUGUAAGGCGUUUCAUUGAAUUUGUUUAUCGGUGUAAUUUUUAAUGCUGAUUUUCGGUCCGUAAAAAGUGUCUCGUAAGUGUCCUUUAAAGAAAGUGUUAUAAAUCGGUUAAGAAAUGAAUCCUCCAAACUAGUUCAACUUUGAUCUCCGUAAAUUCGAUGUAUUUUUCUGUCAUGGGUGUCUUGGGGUGAAAUGUUAGCAUGUAACUACAGUAGACUUUCGCUAAUUCGGCUCUUUUAAGAUCGGACUACUUUUGAAAUCGGGCAGCAGUUAAAUUUGAAAAAAAGUUUAUCGACAUUUUUUUUUAAGUUUCCGAAUGAAACAAAUAUGCUCAAAUUUGCCAUGUUUUGUCUUAUUUAUGGUGCGAUUUUGCAUUAUUGAGGCGUUUUCAUGAAAUUUAUCAUAAAUAUCAGUAUGAAAACUUAAUAUGAGUAUGCAAAAUAAGAAAAAAUCGUUGUAUUCAUUCAUUCAUUUUCAACCGCUUAUCCCUUUGGGGUCGCGGGCCCAUGACAUCCAAAUUAGCAGCCCACGCUUGUCGAUCCUCCGCCACUUCAGGAAGAUGUUCGGGUUUGAUCCCGAGGCGUUCCAAGGCAAGAUUCUGAAUUUGAUUCAGCCACCUUGUCCUAGGUCUGCCUCGAGGCCGAGGUCUCCUCACAAUGGCUUGCAUAGCUUUUCUGGGGAAUCUUUCUUCAUUCAUGCGUUGAACAUGUCCAUACCAUCGAAGUUGUCGACUAAGCUCGACCUUCCUCAGCACGCUUCUGCCAAGCUCCCUCAUUACUGCAGAAGCCUGACCGAUUCGCGACGCGAGUUCUGCCUCCAUCCUACCAUCACUCGUGAAUAACACCCCGAGAUACUUGAACUUCUCCACCUGUGUCAGUGAGUCUCCACUAACAUGUAGAGUGCAUUCCACAGAUUGUCGGGAAAUCACCAUUACCUCCGACUUACCCACGUUCACCUUCAUAACUGUUUCGGCACGAACAUUUACAAAUCGGUCAAGUGUGCGCUGAAGCUCUUCUUCGGAAGAUCCUAAAAGAACCAAAUCAUCUGCAUAGAGGAGAUGGCUCACCCUGAAAUCCCCAAUACGAAUCGCAUUCCGCCCCCGACUGCGUUCCAUAAUCUUGUCCAUGUAUAUUAUGAACAACAAUGGUGAUAGAACACACCCUUGACGCAGUCCAACACCCACUUGAAAACCUUCCGAUUUGGAUACGUUUACACGAACACAGCUACUACAGUCUCUGUACAAUAACUGAAUGGCUCCUACCAAUUCUUCAUCCAGUCCGUAAUCGUGCAGUACAUCCCAAAGUUGUUCUCUCGGUACUCGGUCAUAUGCUUUUUCCAAAUCUAUGAAACAAGCAUAGAGUGGAAUUGCAUACUCCCAAGCCUUUUCGACAAUCAUCCUCAGGGUAAAAAGCUGAUCCGUGGUGCUUCUACCAGGUCUGAAACCGUAUUGUUCCUCACCCAGUCUGGGUUCGACUAUUUCUCGGCAUCUUCUCUCAAGGAUUUUGGCGUACACUUUGCCGGGCAAACUCAGAAGGGAAAUUCCCCUAUAAUUGGAGCAAUCUUUCUUGUUUCCCUUCUUGAAUAUGGGUAUAAUGACCCCAACUUGCCAGUCCUUCGGUGCUCUCCCACUUUGUCAAGCCACCUUAAUGACACGCGUGAGCCAAUUGGCACCCGCUAUACCCAUGAGUUUUAGCAUUUCGGGACGUAUUUCGUCAAUUCCUGCAGCUUUUCCAUCCUUCAAUUUACUAAUCGCAUACAGGACUUCACUCUCUGAAGGACUACUUUCCUCCCUGCCUUUACUCAUGGGUACGUCACCAUCAGUGCCUUGCUGAGGAUUGAGCAAUUCCGAGAAGUACUCUUUCCAGCGAUUUAAAACCUCUUCCUCUUUGGUCAGAAGAUUCCCUUCCUUGGAUGUUACUCCUUGGAUGGAAUUGCUCUUCUUCCCUCGGAGUCUUCGGACUGUUUGCCAGAAAGUUUUGUUUGCCGUCCUAUAGUCAAGCUCCAGCUUUUCACCGAACUUUUUCCACUCGUUGUAUUUCGUUGUAUUUCAAACAAUUUGACGCCCGAAUUUCUCUUUAAUUCGGGUGACAUUUCGAUCCCAAAUGCCCAAAUUUUUGAGAGAAUACUGUACAGUAGCUACAGUAGACUCUCGCUCAAUCGGUUCUUUUUAAAUCGGGCGAAAAUAUUUGUUGACAGUUUUCACGUUUCAUUUUGAAGCAAAUUUGCUCAAAUUCGCUGUAGUUCCUCUUGUUUUAUCAUGAUUCUUUAUAAUUGAGCGUUUUUUGUGGAAUUUACAAUGACGUCGACCCUCAAAUUUCACGAAAAUUUGGAUGACAUUUUGCCCCAUAUGCCCGAUUGAGAGAGAGUCUACUGUACUGUACUUUCAAAAGAUUUUCAAAAGUAAACGAAAUUGCAAUAACCAUUUUAUAGAAAAACCCAAAAGUCACGGUUUGAGAGGUGAUAGUUUUGCUUGGGGGGGGGGGGUUAAGAAAAGAUAAGAUUUUGCCAGGGGUCAGUUCUCCAUUUCGGAUAUUCCGAUGCAUCCAGGUCACCAAUUGGGCCCCUUAUGCUUCCCCACUCCUAUUCUAUCUUAUCUCCCGAUACGGGUAGCCGCUCUAUAUCACAGCUCUGUGAGCAGUCAGUGCCGUUACUAUAUCACAGCAUCCCUUCUCGGUGUGUGUUUGGGAUCAGUGACAGCGAAUAUUUGUAUCGACUGAAGUACCGCUUUCAUGUCGAAACUCGUUCUCGUACCAGCCUCUAUUGUUUAGGCGGUUCACUUUUUUUGCCAAUAUGCACCAUUGACAUUACUAUUCAUUCAUUCACUGGACGAAUUCAAAGCCGAUAUGGCAUGAGAAAUCUUUUUCUGCUGCUGCUCAGCUUUGAACCCCAGACCUCGCAGUCAUAGAGCUACUACUCUAUCCACUGACCCACUCGAGGCCCUGGGGGGGGUUAAUAAGCGUAAUAAGGAAUAAAUGUCUCUAGAUAUUUUUUUUUAGGCGCGUGGGGAGGGUCACCGAAUGCUCGAAGUUGAUAUCUCUUACCGGUUAAGCUCCAGAACCGUAAUGAGUUGAAAAAAGCUGAUUGUGCUCUCUCUUUGAGUUCGAGCAGUUGGGUAACUGUACCAAAUUUCGGCAUAGUUGGAUGGAAGCACCAAUGUUUUUUUGUUACUUCUUUUAAAGGAGUGUUGCUUGGAACUUUGCAGAUAGUUCAUCGUCUUUGUAUUCUUAAAAAUUCUUCUUAAUACAUUUUAAAAUGAAUAAAAAUAUAGACAUAGCUUUGGAUAAUAUUUCGGACACCUUGAUUCUCAUAGUUCCUUCCCGUUCUGGAAUUUUUCCUAAGUCUUUCACAUCACCUUCGAAGCAACAUUUUUUUUGCAUUGUAUAAUUUCUAGGAUAUGGUAAAACUAAAAAUUCAUGGAAAUUUGAACAACAAAACUAGUGGCCGAGAUUGCGAGCUGGUCGAAAUUUGGUACAGUUGCCCUAAAUAGCGUCAAAGCAGAGUUUUCUUAAAUUAAUUUUUCGAUAAAAUUUUGUUUCAACGUAGAGAGGCAAAGGGCAAAAUUGAUUUCAAGAAAGAAAGUUAAUAAAAUAUUUAUUUCAAUUUCGCGAUUGAUUUAAAUUUAUGGAUGGAGCUGGAAGGGAAAAAUCCAUGCUUUUAGUCAAUUAAUCUCAAUCAUGGUCAUGAGAAGACAAAUCGCCAGAAAAGUCAUCUAUUGCUGGGUGUCUAAAAAUCAUGGAAAAAAUGUUAUAAAUCCAUUUGCCACCGGAAAUUAUUCUGUGGAUUUGACAAGUCGAAGAAGAGUGAAGGAAAAAUUUAUUUCUAUCACGAUAGAAAGAAAAAAACACUGAAUAAUUCUUGUAUGAUACUAUAUUUAUAUAUUUUUUCUACUUUGACUAAGUAACUAUUAUUACUACAAUUUAGUUUUUUUCUAUUUGCAUAGCAAAAAUAUUAUUUUUUUUUAUUAAAUUUCUUUUGGCAAUUUUUUGUAUUUUUUUCCCUUAUUCAGGGAAGAAGACAUGAAUGUAAUAUUUCUACCACUAAUCAAAAUUAGUUUUUAAAUGAAUGAUUUAAUUGUAUACAUAGGAAAAGAUGCUGAGAGAGAAAAAUUUACAAAGUUUGUCUAUUUGAAGUGUGCAUAGAGGAUGUAAAUAUUUCUUUUAUUAAAAUAAUUCAAUCGUACAAUUUUCACAAUGAUACAGUAAGUAAGUAAAUAUUUGAGAGAGAAAAAAUUGCAACAAAGUAAAUUCAUGUUAUAUUUUUAGCAUUAGGCAAUUCCUUUUGAUAAAGUACUUUCUAUUUUAUUGCAAGUAACAUUUUGAGAUGAUUUUAUUUCUCAUGUAAAUCACAUAUUAGCCACAUUUUUUUUAUUAAUUCACUCUUGAAAGGAAAAUUAGAGAAAAUUGUUGACUUGGGAAAUCACAUUUUUUUUCACCUUUAAUUUUGUUUUGCAAAAUAAAGUAAUGACAUUCCACGAUGAUAAAUGUUGAUAAAGAAAAUUUUUCAGUGUUGAAGGGAGAAAGAAAAAUUAAUUGCAAUUCUAAUGUGUUUGGUGCAUUGAAGUGCAUCAUAAACGAAAAAAAAUAGAGAUAUCACAUUUGAAUUUCUUUUCUGAUUGAAAUUGAGGAUAUUAGAGAUUGGUAUAUUAACUAGAAAGGCAAAAACAAAAGAGUGAGUAUUUAUAUUGCAGAUUUAAAAAGGAAAAAUUUCUAGACAACUUAUAAAUGUUAAAAAUAAGAUUAUAUGGAAAUGAAAAAAAAUAUAUUUAGAGUAAUUUAUUUGAUGAGAAAAGAAUCUUUUUGAAAGAGAAAAAGGAUUGAAAAUUUAGAGAGAAGUCUAUGAAUGAAAAAUUCUUGUUAUCCUAAAUUCACUAUUAUUAAUGUAUUACAAGAUAUUUUUUAUUAAUUUAAUAAAAAAUUUUAAUUGUUACGCGUCCA